GUUAUUUUAGUAGUAUAUACUUACAUGUUUCAGGUAACAUCUGUUUAAAAUUAAAAUCGCAAAUUAAAUAGUUGUAAUAUUGAUUCAAACUUUGAAAUAUUCGAAAAAAACCCAGAUCUUACAAUGAGUGACUCUCCAGACCAGAAUGAUCCUCCUAAAGAUCCAAAGGAGUUAGAAAAAUUGGAAGAAGCAAAACUCAAAGCUAAGUUUCCUAAUGCUAUGCUUGGCCGAGGUCCCGGAGGGCAUUCAGCGUUUCUACAGAAGAGGCUAGCUAAAGGACAAAAGUUCUUCGAUUCUGGGGAUUACCAAAUGGCAAAACAACGGCCGGGGAAUCUUUCAGCUCCAUUUAAAGCUCCAGCGGCUCCCGCUAAACUGCCUACAGGUGAUGCGAUCCCGACUCCCGACACCGUCCCUCUGCGAAAGACUUCAAUCAUACAACCGAAGUUUCAGCCGCCGAGCCAAACUUCCUAGCCUUGCCACCGCCUAUAGGCGAUUGCCAUUAUGAAGGCCUAGUAAAACAGCACAUAGCGAACGAACGUACCAUAAUCCCUUUAAAUUUGCAUUCCAGUACUAUUUUAUUAUCAUGCAACAUUAGGCCAUGCUGUUUUACAAGGCCUUACUUCAGUUUUCAUUUGCUUGUGCAUUGCACCAUGCCAUAAGCUUAUAUUAUGUGUAUGUUUUAUGAAUGUUCUGUGUUCAGGAGUAAACUAUUUAGUCUUAGUUAUCCCUACAUGAUUAAAAAGUACUGAUUUGAAUGUCGUUAAUAAGAUCUUAACACGUCGAUAUCUAUGUAUUUAAAUAAAAACUAUACUUUUAUAAGAAAAAAAAAACUUAUAUUUAUGUAAAAAUAUUAGGUGUAAUAAAAUGAGGCAUGAAUGAGUGGUUGUACAUUGCAUGUCAUCACAUCAGCGCCACCAGUGUUUGUAACUUUGUUCAUGAUUUCUGGAAGUAAAUUUAUUGUUUAUGCAAAUAUUUAAUAAAUUUGCCUAUCUUACUUUCUAAAAAUAUGAAGAUUAUAUUUUAGCAAUCAAUAAAGGUAUGAAAGUUGUUGUUGGGCACCAAUGGACCCACAUUGAUACAAAUGUUCAACCAUUUCAAUGAAUGCUAUAUUAAAUAUCACUUAGGUAGUGAGAUAGACAAAUAAAUAAACAUUAUUAACAGCUUUCCUUUUGCUAAGCCUAAUUUUAAUAAGGUUCAUGUAAUUCUUGAAUUAAUCAUAUAGUAACCAUGUAUAAUAAACCAUAACAUCAUAUCAAUUUUUUCAUAAAGCAUUGUAUUCAAUUAAUAGUAUGUAAUAUAGUUUAGACAAAAAUCCAGAUAAUUUACUUAAAAACAAAACUACUUUGAGUACUGUAUUUUUGGAUACAAAUAAUUAUUGUAGUUUUAUUUUUAAGAAUUUAUCUCUUGAGCAAGUUACUAUCAGUAGUUUAGGGAUUAUAAUACUAACAUUAAAAUAAUUGUUUUUACUGGGUUUAAAAUUGAUAUAGAUACGAAAUAAAAUACAAGAUUAUGGAUUGUUAAUUUUAUUCAUUAUAAAUUACAAACAACAACAAAUGAUGACUAUGUACAUUAGCAUGUAUCUAUUAAGUUUCGUGCACAUUAAUUGAUAUAUUGUACAAACCACAAGUCGUUUGACAUUAGUGUAAAAACUGAAAGGGAAUGUUGAGAGAUAGUUUUAGUUAUGCAAAUAUAAUAAAUCUUGGUAAUAAAACGAA